CACCGGAUAUGAUCCCACCUACCGCCGCCGCUCAGGCGCUCUUCAACUCUUCAAGAUCGACCUUUGCCACAGCAUCGGUCAUCAAUUCCCAGGAACCUUCCACUGGCCCCGAUCAGAUCGUAACUCAGCGUACCAUCAACUCUGGCGCCUACGCUUUGUCUGAUUCUGCCUCUCUGCCUGAAAACUCCGGCGCAACUCAGUUUACUGAAGUUUUCAAGCGCAGACGCCUCGGCCCAAACUCUCUCGAGCAAUACUCUGCACAGAACGGCUUUGAUAGUCAGGCUGUGAAGGCUUUGUUCAACAUUGAACCAUCUACAAUCAUGGGUGAUCAGAUUCAGCCCAACGAAAACUCCAGCAUGCGCGCAUCGUCCAUGGCUCAUGACCCUCGUCCUGACGUUUCUCGUGGUUACAACAACUUCUUGAAUCAGAACGGAUCUGUCCAUCACACUGGUCCUGGCAAUGCGCUGCCUGGCCUCGGUGGUUGCUACGUCACCAGCACUGGCAGAAAUGUCGCCGGUGACCUUACCAGAACUUCUGGCAGCAUGCCCAGUGCCAAUGUCUCUGACGCACCCUUUGCUUCACAGCCUAAUGGCUUCUUGAUUCCAGGCCUUGGCGCCCCUUUCAAACCACUUGGUCUUGAGAACAACAACAAGACUCCUCUGGUCGUCACUCACUCCAUCCCAGCUGGACCUCACUCUCGUGUUGGUGCUGCUCAUUCGCGUGACUCUGGUCGUCCUCAGCAGAGAGGUCCUCACAACGUCGACCUUUCCGCCAAUCAGAAGCAGCAACCGGCCAAGCCUCUCGAUACAGCCACCAUUCGAUCUGCUGACAACCAGUCAAGCGCACCCGAGAAGGACUCAUCGGUCUCGAGCAAUGCUUCACCUGAAGCUUCUGUUGCUGUCGCUAACAAGUCAGACGCUGCUGCACCUACCUCUGAUGCCGUCAGAGCCUCUGAGUAUGUCCGUCCUACUGGUCCUCCUCCAGUUUGGACCGAGAAGCAGACACCUCGCACCUUCAAGCUGCAGCAUCAGACUAGCAGACGUCGUCACGAGACCUUUGAAGGAGCCUAUCAGAUUCUGAGCAGCCUGAACCCUGAUCACUACUUGAUGCCUUACGGUUCCAGGGUCAUUGCUAUCAAGUGCAACACUCUUGAUGAUAUCCUCUUGUCUCACCAGAUCGGACUGUGGGCCACGAACCGUAAUGUCAUGGACCGCAUCAUGGAGCUUCACAACAGUCGCGACGAUCCAUCCAUGAAGACUCUGUUCCUCUGGUCCAUGCCCGGAAGCAAGAACUUCUGUGGUCUUGCAGAGCUUCAGGCCUACGAUGCCGACGUCCAGACCGAGUUCUGGGACAAGGAUGAGGGAAAGAUCCAAGGUGGUAUGAUCAUUCACUGGGUAUACAACAAGCUAGUUCCAUUCGAGGAUAUCACCCCGCUUGUUGAAGGCAAGAUCGACCAGGCAUCAGUCACCCAAAUGUGGAAUGGCAUGAACUACUCCGAACCGACCGGUCGCGAAGUCAUCAAGUGCUACGUCGAAGCACCUCACAUUGAGAACAUGCUCGCUGCGCCUUCGGGAGAAUUCUUCCAGAAGGCAAUGGCAAGCAGCAGACUUGCUACUGCUCCUCCUAUGGCCCCCAGGUUCUCCAGUCGUGGCAACUACCGCGGUCAGCAUUUCUCCCGUGGUAUUGGAAAUGGCUUCAGAGGCAGAGGCCGCUUCGAGACUGGCAAGAUUGGACAUGGUUUCUUGCCUCGUUCUGCGCCUCGUCCAGUUGUAAGAAGCACCGAAAGCAGUGAGACCACUUGCAGUACCAAGACCAACCCUGCAUCGCCUGAGCACUACCACAACCGCGGUCAACCCGAGCGCCAGGUCAUCGAAGUCUUCAAGUAUCCUGAUGGCACUCUCACCACCGCCCCAGAUGUGAAUGGCAACACCAAGCCGAUCACUCCGGUCAAGAGUUAUGCCAGUAUGCAGGGUUCCGACGCUCAGACAUCCAACUCGCUCGCCAGAACACAGAGCAUCCAAAGUCUGAAGAGCUCGAACAUGCCCCCUCCCCUUCUGCCUUCUGCCACCAUCGGUAGCAGCUUUCCCAGCCAUGAACAGAUGCUCCGCCGCAAGUCUGGCUCGGUCUUUAACGACAGUCACGGUGCCAAAGGCAGUGUUGAAAGCCUCUCCUUCGCCAUGCCUCCUCCCCUGAAGUCUGUUGGCCCUCAGCAUGGCCCUGGACCUCAAUCGGAGACCCAUCAGUCCAGCACACCCCGCUUUGAGCUCAACAAGGACAACAGAUUUGCUAAGAACAUCAACACCUGGUCGUACAGCAGUAUCAAAAGCCCCACCCAGCCCAAGACGCCUCUCAGACACAGCCAAAGCUCGUACGAUCUAUCGGCCAGUCCCAUGGACACCACAACUCAUGGUACCCUGACUCCUCGUGUUGGUCGCUCCAUCUCCAGCCAGAACAACCACGAUGGAUCUCCCGACAAGGCUGCCUUUGGCUAUGGACAGGUGCCCAAGCAGCUGCGCACUCCUGACACCAGCCCUAAGACUGCCAGCGUGCAGCCUGACACCCCUCGUCCUCGUCCUACUCUCGGACGUAAUCGCAUCAAGUCCGAUGCCUCAAUGUCCGGAGUGGGUCUUCCUCCCGACUGGGUCGACAACCUUGUCGACGACAAGUAGAGAUGAUCUUGAGUCAUCUGAGAGCCUCUGUGUCAUAAACACAAACGUUUAGAGCAUGCAGCAGCAGUGUGUUGUCAAACUGUCUAUCAAGGUCUUGUUUUUUUUGCGGGAUGGAGGAUGGAUAUGGU